AUGGACGCACCAAAAGAAAAAGAAAACGAUGUUCUGCGGGUCCUGCAGGAAACGCUUCCUCAUCUCGAGCAGACCGCAUUGCCAAAAUCCAGCCCGAUCAAUCGCAUCGAGCAUCCCAUGAUCUGUGUGGAUGAUCAGACCGUGGGUUUCAUCGAAGAGGGGAUAGGCGGUGCCACCACCAGGAAGACCGAGCAUAGUCUUCAGUAA